ACGUCCGCAGCAAAGGUUGUGGUCCCUUGAAGGCGAUGAAGAAGUUCCGGGCCAAGGCGAGUUCCCUGCCCAUUUUCAACGGUCGGAUCACCGACGCCACCACGCUGACCACCAGUUCGCUGCAGUUGCCUUUGGGUCCAAGUCCGCCGCGGAAGCAGUCCACCUGUAAGAAGGUUCUGCCUACUGUCUUCACCAUUACGGACGGGACGACCGGAGCGGCCAGUACCUCCUUGGCGGAGGCCAUGUCGAGCAACAAGGCCCAGUUGCCUUCGUCCCGGCAGGACAAUCUCCUUCAGCUCAGCGUUCCACGGGAGGCAGCGAUGGGUGUAGCUGGACCAGAACUGGCCAACUACGAAAAGGUGCGGGUGGUGGGCCAGGGAUCCUUCGGCAUCGCCAUCCUGUAUCGCCGAAAGUCCGAUGGCCAUCAGAUCGUCUUCAAGCAGAUUAACCUGAGUGAACUGACGCCACCUGGUCGGGACUUGGCCAUGAACGAAGUGGAUGUCUUCUCCAAGCUACAUCACCCAAACAUAGUCAGCUACUUGGGGAGCUUCAUCAAGGACAACACUCUGCUCAUCGAGAUGGAGUACGCGGAUGGGGGCACCCUGGCCCAAAUCAUCGCCGAGAGGCAGGGCAAAAUGCACUUCCCGGAACGCUAUAUAAUUGCCGUAUUCGAGCAGAUCUCCAGCGCCAUCAACUACAUGCACUCCGAGAACAUCCUGCAUCGGGACUUGAAGACAGCAAAUGUCUUUCUCAACCGUCGCGGAAUCGUGAAGAUCGGUGACUUUGGCAUUUCCAAAAUAAUGAACACUAAGAUCCAUGCCCAAACUGUUUUGGGAACACCCUAUUACUUCAGUCCGGAGAUGUGUGAGGGCAAGGAGUACGACAACAAAAGCGACAUUUGGGCUCUGGGCUGCAUUCUGGGCGAGAUGUGCUGCCUGAAAAAGACCUUCGCUGCCUCCAACCUAUCCGAACUGGUCACCAAGAUCAUGGCAGGGAACUAUACCCCCGUGCCCUCGGGCUACACCUCCGGCCUGCGCAGUCUCAUGUCCAACCUGCUCCAAGUGGAGGCCGCCCGGCGACCCACCGCCUCCGAGGUUUUGGUCUACUGGAUCCCCCUGAUUUUCCGCAGCCUUGGAAAAAACAAAGGCUACUCCUACGAGGACGAUGUGGGUGGCACCAGUGGCAACCAAGUGACUCCUGCAGAUCCCUCCGUCGCCCGCAGCAAUGUGUCCAUGGAACUGGAGCUGCCCACCGCCCAGACGGAGACCAAACAGCUGAUGAGUGCGGAGACGGCGGCGCCGCACGAGAUCCUUGAGAAGCGAUCGGUGCUGUACCAGCUGAAGGCCUUCGGCACCUGCUUCAGCAUGGCGCCCAUCCAGCUGCCGCCCAAGGCGGUCAUCGUGGGCGUGGCCAUGUCGGACUCGCACUUCGUGGUGGUCAACGAGGACGGAUCGGCGUACGCCUGGGGCGAGGGCACCCACGGCCAGCUGGGCCUGACCGCCCUGGAGGCCUGGAAGCACUACCCCAGUCGCAUGGAGAGCGUGCGCAACUACCACGUGGUGGGCGCCUGUGCCGGCGACGGCUUCACCAUCCUGGUCACCCAGGCGGGCAGCCUGCUCAGCUGCGGCAGCAACGCCCAUCUGGCCUUGGGUCAGGACGAGCAGCGCAACUACCACACGCCCAAGCUGGUCGGCCGACUGGCGGACGUGCGGGUGGAGCAGGUGGCCGCCGGUCUCCACCACGUCCUGGCCCUCAGUCGCGAGGGAGCGGUCUACGUGUGGGGCACCAGUGUUUGCGGAGCACUCGGCCUGGGAAACUACCAGCAGCAACAGAAAUUCCCCCAAAAGAUUCUGCUGUCGCAUGUGAAAACCAAGCCAUCAAAGAUCUACUGUGGUCCAGAUACCUCCGCCGUGCUGUUUACCAACGGAGAGCUCCAUGUCUGCGGGAGCAACGACUACAACAAACUGGGUUUCCAGCGCCCCGCAAAGAUCACAGCUUUUAAGAAAGUCCAACUGCCACACAAGGUGAUCCAGGCCUGCUUUUCGUCCACCCACUCGGUGUUCCUGGUGGAGGGUGGGUAUGUCUACACGAUGGGUCGAAAUGCGGAGGGUCAGCGCGGCAUCAGGCACUGCAACGCGGUGGACCAUCCCACGCUGGUGGACUCCGUCAAGGCCCGAUACAUAGUGAAGGCAAACUGUAGCGAUCAGUGCACCAUUGUUGCCUCGGAGGACAACAUCAUCACGGUUUGGGGUACUCGCAAUGGCCUGCCGGGGAUCGGUUCAAGCAACAGCGGACUGGGACUGGAGAUUUGCACGCCCAACACCGAAAUGGAAUUGGGAAACAACACGGCGGCGUUCACAAACUUUUUGGCCUCAGUGUACAAGUCGGAGUUGAUUCUGGAACCAGUGGAUAUAUUGGCUCUCUAUUCGUCCAAGGAGCAGUGCGAGCGGGGCUACUACGUCCAGGUCCACGACGUCUAUCCUUUGGCCCACAGUGUUCUUGUGCUGGUGGACACGACCACGCCUCUCAUAUCCUCCUACGAGGGCGACUACCCACAGCUUUAGGUUCAAUAAACCAUAGGAAUAUAUUUUA